AAAUCUGGAUAUUGUCCUUGUUGCUGAUGAGUACAAGUUUGUGCUCACCACUCCUGCUCCUGCUCCUUUGAGCGCCCAAUCCACUGAAGAUGAAAGGGAGGCUCAUCGGAAGUGGCAUAAGGCUGAUGAGAUGGCUCGUUGCUACAUCUUGGCAUCUAUGUCAAAUGUUUUGCAACAGCAGCAUCACACCAUGCCUACUGCUGCUGACAUGAUGUUGAGCCUCAAGGAACUCUUUGGUGAGCAAGAUAGGGCUGCUCGGUUUGAGGCUAUGAGGAAGAUUAUGUCUUCUGUCAUGCCAGAGGUAGCUUCGGUGCGAGAGCAUGUUCUCAAGAUGAUGGAAUAUCUGAAUGAGAUAGAUGUGCUCGGAGGAAUUAUCGAUCUUGGCGAAGCCAAGAUCGAUAUCAUCCUGCACUCGCUCCCGAAGUCCUAUGACAACUUCCGCAUGAAUGCAAUCAUGAAUAAGAAGGGCUAUACUCUAGCCGAGCUUCUUACGGACUUGGUUGCAGCAGAGGGUCUUAUGGGAAGGGGAGCACAGGCUCAUGUUUCUGUAAAAGUUGGACCUUCUUCGUCGAAAGGCGGGAAGAAGAAAAAGCAAGUGCAGAAAAAGAGUGGUGGAACCCGUAGGAGCAGUGGGAGUGGUGGGAGCAAAGCGGUAGCGCCUUCUGGUGGCGUGGUGAAGCCAAAAGGCAAGUGCUUCAAGUGCAACAAGAGAGUACAUUGGAAGUCAGAUUGUCCCCUCAAGGACGCUCCUGGUACGUCUCUUGUUUUAGUUGUCGAAACAUGCUUUUCGGCUUGUUCUACCUGUUCUUGG